AUGGCGAACAUGCGGCUGGUGGUGUUGGCGCUGGCGCUCCUCGCGGCGGGCGCUAGCGCACAAAACCUGGUGGCUGCGCCGCAGGCACCCACCAUGAUGCCCCAGGCGGCCACUUCCGCCCCCAAGGGCCCCUGCGACAUGGGCCUGACCUUCUUCCCGCCCCAGGGCGAUAAUUUGCCCACCGGCUGGUCGCAGGCGGCGCAGCAGAGCAGCGGGAACACGCAGACCGACCAGAUGAUGAAGGUAGCCCUGACAGGGUACCCCACCCCGCAGCUGUACGUGAGCCCCGCCAGCGUCUACACCCAAGUUGGCGGCAGCGUCCCCGUCGCCUGCACCGCCGGCCAGAGCGCCGCAGGCGCGGGCGUGCUCACGCGGCCUGCGGCGUUCACGAUCACAUGGGCCCUCGCCGGGCAGAGCAAGCAGCUGGGGCCCUUCCUGAAGGGCUCGAAGCAGGACCCGCCCGCCAGCGUCACUCUAAGUUCUGUGCCGAAACUGCCCGACGGUGACUACUGCCUGCAGGUCAAGAUGGACCUCAUUCCUGGCUCCGGCAUCGUCUCGAUCGGCGCGCAGCAGUUCAAGGUCCCCGCGCGCGCGCAGUCCAUCAAGCGCCAGGUCUGCUUCGUCAAGCUAGCCACGCGGCCCCAGGCCAACAUCACUUUCCACAGCUGCAACAGCAGCUUCGCGGUGGACCUCACAGGGAUCACCCCCAAGCCCCAGUUCUCCAGGCGCGCGGGAAAACCCUAA